AUGAUGAAACGGAGGACUCACAACAAGUCUCGGCACGGCUGUCGAAACUGCAAAAAGCGCCAUGUUAAGUGUGACGAAGGAGGACCUCCCUGCACCAACUGUCUAGCCCGCAAUCUCGAAGGCUGCUCAUAUCUCACCGAGCCACCAACCCAGCUCCCAGCAACAGAGACCAGACGCAAAAUAGAGCUUGAACUGAUGCACCGCUGGACAUCAUCAAGCUACAAGAGUCUGGCUAGUAUUCCAGAAGAUAACCAAUGGCUACAAGAAGACAUGGCUCGCUGGGCUCUUAAGCAUGAGUAUCUCCUACAGGGCAUGUUUGCCUUCUCAGCUCUCGAAGUCGCGCUCUGCGGGGGUGCUGUAGUUGUUGAAGAAGACUAUGACACAUAUUAUGCCAAGUUGGCGGUGGAGUACUACGAUAAAGCAAGUCGUUCGUUCAGAGCACAGCUUGAGAACGUCAACUCUGAGAAUGCCCAGAAGAUCUUCAUGUUCUCAUUCCUUGCUGUGGCUGUUAACAUGGCUCUCGGCCAAUGCAGUGCUUUCGAAGAGCUUCACGAGGGUGUUUUAGAACGCAUGGUGACAUUGUGGGAGCUUCUCAUGGGAAAUGCCUCUAUCGCCAAUCAGCACUUCGACGCUUUGAUAUCAGGAGCUUUAUCGCGAUCUACAGAGGCUUUAAUGUUAAGAACACAACUUCAGACUGAGACACCCACAUCGUUGAGCAAGGAAACCGAGGAAGCUCUAGAGAGUCUAAGCACUAUCAUCAACAAAGCCUGCGAAACACCCUCUGGUUCAACUCCAAACGACCAGUCCGAAGCCAGUGUACGGAUCAGCUCAUACCGCACCAGCUUCUCCGCCAUACAAACGUGUUUCGUACAAGACUCCAAAGACAUCUUCAAGGGCAUGGCGAUAGGAUUUCCUGCACUCGCAGGACGAGACUUUGGGUUGGCGCUCAGGAGCUCAGAUCCAAUGGCUUUACUUCUGAUGGUAUUCUGGGGAGUGCAGCUUGACACGUUAGGCAAGAUCGCUUGGUGGGUUGGCACCUUUGGCAAGAAGAUGGUGGACGAAGUCUCAGAGAUGCUGUGGGAACCUGAUCCCGAGUUUGAGGUUAUGGAUAUGUCUGAAUGGAGAGAGUGUAUUACUUGGGCUAGGGCAGAAGUUGGGUUGGCGCCCAUUGUCGGGGCUACAGAAGAGCCAUGA